AUGGUACUCCUGCUGAAGGCAAGUACAGAUGACGUGAAUGUCUCGACAAGAUUCACAAACGAGACGAGUACGAACUGUAGAGACGAUGCAAAUGUCAAGACGAGUUUCACGAACGAGACGAGUACGAGUAGUCCAGAAGACGAAAAUGUCACGACGAGUUUCACGAACGAGACGAGUACGAGUAGUCCAGAAGACGAAAAUGUCACGACGAGUUUCACGAACGAGACGAGUACGAGUAGUCCAGAAGACGAAAUUGUCAUGACGAGUUUCACGAACGAGACGAGUAUGAACAAUUCAGAGGACGAAAAUGUCACGACGAGUUUCACGAACGAGACGAGUACGAACAGUCCAGAAGACGAAAAUGUCACGACGAGUUUCACGAACGAGACGAGUACGAACAGUCCAGAAGACGCGAAUGUCACGAACGAGACGAGUACGAACAGUCCAGAGGAAGCGAAUGUCACGAUAAGUUUUACGAAGGAGACGAGUACGAACAGUCCAGAGGAAGCGAAUGUCACGAACGAGACGAGUACGAACAGUCCAGAAGACGAAAAUGUCACGACGAGUUUCACGAACAGAGACGGUACGAACAGUCAGAAGACGCAGAUAUCACGAUAG